CUGCAAUGAGAGUAGAGGGGGAAAUCGUGCGAUGGACUGUCGUUCACAGCCGCCGUAUGGAUACGGGUUAGCAGCGCAUGUGACGACUGUAUGUUGCCUUUGUUUGCGCAGGAUCAUUGACGUGUAAUGUUGAGGAAUUAUACCUCUCGGCAGUAGCGGAUAGGGAGACAGCCGAGUAACACUGCUCCGUGUGCCGGAGGACAGACUGAAGAUGGCUGAACCGACCGUUGCUGUAUAUACGACCAUCACGGGGAUACUAAGUAUCGCCAUAGCUGUUAUAGCGAAUUCCACCUUCUACAGAGUCUAUCCCGUGUCCACUGCGGUGCUAGUGGGCCACAACGUCACCAUGUUCUGUGCGUUCAACGGUCUGGCAGACGAUGACGUCGUCAACUGGCACAAGUACAAUCCGUCUGCUGCGUCCAACAACAAACUGUCCCAUGUCUCUUCUGGAACUGUUGUUGGUCCGGAGUUCCGCCGGCGGUUCUCUAUAGUCGGGGACAAUCGGAGUGGAGAGUUCAACUUGAGAUUGACCAAUGCCCAGCCAAAGGACGCUGGGAGCUACAGAUGUGGAGUAUUUUCUGUCAGGGAUGCCAGGGAUGCAAAACUCACCGUCAUUGUACCUCUACCAAGGCAACCUAUUGUACUAGGAGACCUGAAUCCUCGGACGGCUGGUAAAAGCCUGAUACUCACGUGCCGAUCGGUAGGGGGCAGUCCUCUCCCACAGCUGGCCUGGUACAACGGCACGCAGAGGAUGGACAUUCCCGACUCCGCACGGACAGAGGAGCCGUCAGAAAACAGAGUCUCUCUCGACCUGGUCAUCUCAUUCCUGACCAAGUGGGACAAUGGAGCUAACUUCAGCUGCAUCGCUGACCAGGAGUUCCCCAGCGUGGUACAACCUAAGGUUACGUCAGUAACAAUUCGCGUCCAGUACCCUCCCGUGGUGAAGAUGCCGAAGAUGUCUGUAGUUGUGAUAGAGGGACAGUCCGCUAACCUCACCUGUGAGGUGGACAGCAGUCCCGGAGCUUCCUUGAGUUGGUGGAAACUUAAGAAGAACUUUCCAGAAGGACCGCUGGGGAGUGGCACUCUGCUCACAUUAACCAACGUCACCCGUAAGGACAGAGGAACCUACCAGUGCAGGGCGAUCAAUGGGGUCAAACCAGACGGGUUAGGGACCAUGGCGCUGGACGUCAAAUAUCCCCCAUACAUUAGACCCAGCUUUCCCAAAGAGCAAAGCGUCAUCUACGGACAGGGUGUUUUCUCCAUGGACUGUCAGGCGGAAGGAAACCCCAAACCACAAGUCAAAUGGAGACGAAAAGACGUCAACAUGUUCUUCAACAAUCCCAUGACGCUCUCCGAUGUGGGGUACUUGGAGGAAGGGUUUUAUGAGUGCAUCGCCAGGAGUGAGGGGUUCAGGGAAGUCAGGAGAGGAACCUUCAUCAAUGUCAUAGGUAGACCGGAAGUCCUGAGCGACUCGUCCGCCGUGUCGGUUACGGGAGGCGACACCGUGCGGCUGAGCUGCACCAUCCUGGCCGACCCGCCGCCGGACAAGAUCACCUGGCUGUGGACGGGACCGGGCGGCGGCGAACAGCGAUACGAGGGCGGCAGGAACGGAGACGUCGAAGUCAAGACCAUCGUCGAGAACACCAUAAGGAGCGAGUUGACUAUAAAAUCGGCUAUGAACGCGCACGUGGGGGACUACAGUUGUAAGGCUGUGAACAAGUUUGGCUCGGACCAGAAAGAGUUCAGGGUCUCAGUUACAGGGUCUGCAGUUGCAGUAGUAGGAGUGAUCGCAGGGUCAGCAGCCGUGGGCAUGUUACUCGCUAUUGCCGCCAUAGUCGCACUCAGCAUCCGGAAAGGCUGGAUCGGACGAGAUAAGAAGAAAAAGAAGUCCUCUAAACCUUCCGAGUCGCUUGCCUACUGCAUAAGUGGCAGGUCUACCAUGGACUACCCUGUAAUACACAGCAAGAAGGCGGAUACUAUAAAUCAAAAGAAUGUAAUAGAGUUGCAACACUUCGACAAAACACCCAGACCUCGGCCUCCUCCAAAAGUAGACAAGUCACCCUACACAUCCGGGCUAUCGUACUCCAGUAGCAAUGAUGCGAGUUACGACCACCCAUCGGCAGAAAGGGACAAGCUUCGCGACGAGGACAUUUACAUUCUGCGCAAUUCUUACUACAACAAAAGACAGCACAGGCAAGAAGCAAACGUCCAGAACUGUUGACGUCAUGGAAAUUGUAAAAUUGUCACGUAUGAUCAUCACAACAGCGUGGAUGUUAUAGAGUGUGGCACCUUGAAGAGAAAUUACCCCACAUUUCUACUCAUAAAGCUACAACCCGUGAGACAUCUGCUUUCUGUUCAUGGCCGACGGCGAAAGCAACUAAUCUUCAAACCACACGCUUAUAGCAAGAAAACAACAGUACUGCAUUUCUGUGAAAUCUCGGUAGAUGACGUCUCUAGAAGUGCCAUGCUACUACUGCAAAGAAAAACAUUUUGAUAUGACGAGUAAGGAGAGCUAAAAUCUAUAGUAUCUCAUCCAUUAGUGGCAGGGUAAUGUGUUGUACGAUAGACACAUGAUAUGAACUACAGAAAGAGACGUCCUUGGGGUAUAUACUCCAUGAACGACGCGUCGCCUUCCAACAUUAAAAGCGAUCAUCAUGAUCGAGGACUUGUACUCGUAAUGGCCUUUAAGACACGUUGAUGGACGAGCUAAAAUAUGGGAGGGUGAGUUUCCGAUUUUUGAUGAAGAUAAAUGGAGAGCCGAGGUCGCCAUUUUUACGAAUAGAACGUUGAGAGAGUAAGGCCAUUUAUCAACACACACAUUGUAACAGGGAGGCUGUUAUGUUUCAUCGGAACGUGCAUGGUUGAGCAAAGUAUUGACGUUUAUGUUUUUGUGAAAUUCCAAUGUCGGUGACCCCAAUCGCUGGAAGCCUUCAAACCUAUCAUUCACCCGACUACUUUGAAAAGAAUAUGUAAAUCGUGAUCAGUGUAACAUAAUCACAGACACCUAUAUGGAAUAUUCCCUAAUUUGUUAUCGAAGGGCACGUAUUUCCAAAUACAUAUCACUCCCAUGAGUUUAGUAAUCGAUGUUACUUGCGCUUUUAGAAAUAUAUGUUGCAAUUAUAAAUACGUUUUUGGUGCAAAAAGCUCUGUAUCAUAGGCUAGCUAUCUUUUAUUCCAGGUCAAUUUUAGCAUUCAGCCUUACGUAUUAUAUAACGUAUCCAUGCAUUGUUUACAUUUUACAGAAUCGUAAACCUUAUAUAAUCUUCAUGGUCAUGAUUCAAGAAUCGCUGUCUCACAGCACUUUUUCGUCUUCUGUAUAAAAGAUAUUUAUAUAUAAUUUGCAUGUACAGUGCUGUCCAUAACACGUCUUUCUCGGCUCAUAGAAUAUGUCAGACACUCAGCAACGUUAACGUUGUAGCCCUGGGGGGAACAUCCUGAAGCAGGUAGUCUUUAUCCAAUUUCAGUUUCAUCAGUGUACCAUAAAACACAGAAUGUCACCACAACCUCUCUGCCUAGUCCUUGUUCCGCUCGGGAGAUCAGUGUGUGGAACAAUUAAUGAAAGUCAAAAACAGCGGCGAUGAUAUCACAUUUAAUUACAGAAAGGCGUGGCGUUGUCACCCAGGCAUUAAACAGCCAAUCUCUUGAUAGCGUGGGGAAAAUUCACCUUUGGGGCAGUCUCAAAAGUCUGUGCUUUGCUUCAACACGAAAUUAUUCCGUUGUGUAAAAUAUAUAUGCAAUGUAACAAUAUAAUGUCGGGAGGAGCCCCAAAUGAUUGAGUCCAUAGCCAGCGCAAAUCAGCCAGUUCCAAUUGACAAAUCAGUCAGUUGCCAUUGACAAAUCAGUCAGUUGCCAUUGCCAUUUGG